AUGGGCAGACUACAGCGCGAAGAUACGGGAUGGGUUGACGAGCAUCUACCAGAUUGGCGAAACGCAAUCUACACCGUAGACAAUACCAGCUAUCCUCUUUCUACACCCCACAAUAAAGGAAGAGAGGCGAAUGCAUAUUUGCUCUACAUCAUCCAACACUACGACCGCCUGCCAGCCAUUAUCGCGUUCCUGCAUUCGCAUCGAGAUGGAUAUCCUGUGGGCUGGCACACCGAUGUCCCCGGGUAUGACAAUGUCCUUGCGAUGCAGACCCUACGAAUCGAUGCUGUGAAACAUUAUGGAUACGUGAAUUUGCGCUGUAACUGGAUUCCGGGGUGUCCUGAUGAAGUCCGACCACUCUCCAGCGCACACAACAAUCCCAACAACGUCCAGUGUCAGAUGCCGCUCGUAUGGCGUCACUUCUUCGGCGAGCUCAGCGAUGUACCCGAUGUCAUUGCGACGCCCUGCUGUGCUCAAUUUGUUGUCUCUAGGGAGCAGGUGUGGAAACGACCUUUGGAGGACUAUAAACGGUAUCAUCAAUGGCUCAUGGACACCUCGCUCAACGAUGAUAUUAGCGGCCGAAUUCUCGAGUACCUCUGGCAUAUCAUCUUUGGCAUGGACCCAGUACAUUGCCCCGAUAUGAACCAAUGCUACCGGGACGUUUACGGCCGCUGA